UAUCGCAGGGACGACUCUACACGGAAGCGCUAUCGCACGCCAACAAGUCUCAACCGCCCCUUCCGGACAUAAACCAUACUCGAUAAGGGCAGGGUCGACGCAGCUCGGCGUGAGCGAUUGCAGACUUUCUCUUCAAUCUUCUGUUCCUCGUACGCAAAGUCUGCGAGAAGAUCGCAUACUCAUUUCGCGCGCUGCUAUUGAUAUACACUCCGUCUAAUCGAUAAUUACUACACAACCACGACCAUGCGUGCAACAACCAUAACCUCGCUCCUGGCAGCCCUCACCCUCAGCACCGCCCAACAAAUCAACAUUGACGCCGCCCUGGACGCUCCCAUCCCAAACCUCGCCAUCGACCCGCUCGCCGCACCUCCAGCCGUCACCUACGAUGCGAGCAGCGCAACCUCCUCCAUCGCCGCCGCCGCCGCCGCCGGCUCACCACCAACCAUCCUAAAGCGCCAGGACAACAGCACCUGCACGCCGCGCGCCCGCGGCGCCGGCCCCGUGCCCUCCCCCGACACCUCCAUGUCCUUCCUGGCGUACCAGCCCUUCACCGACGCGGCCAAGAACGCGCCCGUGCCCGCCAACUACACCGCGGCCUUCACCAACCUGCACGCGUCGACAACCGCAAAGUCGUAUCUGGGCGUCGUCGAGCUGUCGUCCUACGACCCUGCGAACUGCACCGCGCGCUGCGACGAGCAGACCGGCUGCACAGCCGUCAAUCUGUUCUUCGAGCGCACGCCGACUGUGAAUCUGGGGCCUGCGUGCACGAAUCCCGCGUCUAGCACUGUUAUCAGGUGCACGUUCUGGGGCGACGCGGUCACGAAGACGAAUACGGUCAACUCGGGGUAUACGGAUAAUGGGUUCGUGGUUGCGAUUGCGGGGAGUAAUGGGUAUAAUAAGGGGCAGGCGGCGCAGGAUGCGAAGAGCGGGGGCGCGCGGGUGGAGGUUGCGGCGCUGCUGUUGGGUGCUGUGGGGCUGGUGAUGGUGGUUGUGUUCUAGGGGAUUCAGAGUGGGUGGUAGGAGAAGGCCUGUGAGGGCCUGCUUUGGCCGUUUACGACUGUUUAGAUUUCAUGGUUCUGGGUCAGGAGAUUAAGGUAAUACAUUCUCUGUUAGAGACGCUGUGAGACAGGGUGAUGGCGUUGUGGAUUUGCGAGGGUCUUGAUCUGGGAUCGUGAGUGGACGUCAGGAUUAGAUCUUGGUGAACCCCUUCAUAUCUCUAUGGUUUGGCAAUAGACGAGUCCCUUCUCGGCAUGCAAGGGCCACGGAACCGCUGUGGUUACGAAUCACGAAAUCAUUACCAUAAUAUCGCGUGUGGCUGUGCUAGUUUCCUCAGAGUGUACGGCCGGUUUGUGGUUCGGUUCGGGUCGGGGAUGAACUAUACAAGAUCUAUCAUCACCAUUACCUAGUCGUUACAGACAACCAGACACAUUCAGACGUAGAGCACGAAGUAGUAGACCACAACAAUCAAGAGGC